AUGGCGCAGGUGUACUCGCCGACGCCGCAUCGCGUGGCGCUCUGCGCGCUCGCGCGGUACCUCGUCCACUCGCACGCGCGCGACGAGCGAGCCGCCGAGCGCCUGGGCGUCUCCCCCGAGCAGGCGUCGAGGCUGGAUCGCCCGUCGCGUCGCGCGGUGGACCCUUCGACGGGCGACCGCCUCGGGCCGUGCGUGCUGGGCCCCGCGGACGCGAGGCGGCUCGCGGCCGUCCUCAUGCGCGAGGCGUCGCGCUCCGACGGCUUCCGCGAGCCGGACCUCCGCGCCUUUCGCCGAUCCCUCCGGCGACACCCCAUCCUGGUCCGCGAGACCCACCGCCAUCCCGACGACGACGACGACGAAGACGACGACGACGAAGACCCGAUGGCGGCGUACACCGACGCGUACCCGUACUCCCGCGAGACGUUCGCGGACCUCCUGGACGACGCCAUCGCGUCCCUCCGCGGCGUCGACUCCGUCGCCGCGCUCAUCCAAGAGGUGGCGCCGCGAUCGCGACACGAAGCCGAGAUGCGCGGCGCGCACGACGACGACGACGAUCCAUCCCACCCGGGCGGGAGCUACGAUCCCUUCCCGCCCGGUCCGGGCGCCGCGGAGGAAUCCUCGUCGCUGGGGCUCUUCCUGAGGCGGUGCGUCGCGGAUUUCGAGGCGCAAUCGUUCGAGGGGAGCGUCCGGGUUUUCGGCGUAUUCGCCGCGUACGUUCGCGAAGGUGCGGGCGAGUACGAUGACGUCGACGCCGCGGCGGCGCGCGAUAGAAUGGACGUCGUCGACAAGAGGCUGAGGGUGGACGCGAGGCAGGCGGCGGCGGAGGCGGCGGUCGGUGAAGGCGGGGUUGAAGUGCACGUCGACCUCCGCGGCGACGACGAGGAUGACGCGACGCUACGCCGGUUGGGCGCUCUGCACGGGUCGCACCUCGCGCCGCUGACGCUGGACCCGAGACCCGGAAACGCCACGGGACCUUCGCAAGGAGGAGGAGUCUCUCGGGUACCUUCGGGGUCCGAGCAGCAUUCGAGCGUCAGAGCGUUGGAUCUUUCCGCCGCGUCGAUGACGCAGAUCCGCGACGGUCUUCGCGACGUCGCCGUCCGACCCGACGCUAAACUGCGCGAGUGGAUCGCGCGCCGGUGCCGCGGCGUCGACCAGAGGGAUGGAUACGAAUCGACGCGCGACGUGACGUCAGCGCUGGACGACAUCGAACGGGUGGCGCCCAAGGUACCGGGCGCCGAGCUGGCGCGACACCUCGCGCACGUGUCCAGGCGAGAUUUUACCCAGGCGAUGGAACACGCUCGGCGGCACUUCGACUACCUCCCGGGUACCUUGGGCACGACAUACGGCGACGGUUCGUAUGCCGACGGUUCAUAUUCCAACGACGGUCGCGCCGCGGGUGGACGCGUGGCGCUUGACGUCGGCGCGGGAACGUCGUUCGGACUUCCGAUGAACCCGCGUCAGGCUUUCGAGCGGGGUCGGGAGAUUUUUGGUACCGGUGCCUUCGCUGGUGAGUCGUCGCUUCAAAUGAACCAAUCGGGGGUCCAAGCGGGGGAGGCGACGGCGCAGGAGCACGCGGACGCCGCCGCCGCCGCGCAACGCGCGAGGCUGCAGUCCGCGCUGUUGACUCUCGGCGUCGCGCACUUCCGCUUCCACCACUCCGGGGAGGCGCUCAAGGCUCUGAACGAGGCGGUGAGGACGGCGCAGCAAAACGGCGACGAGGCGAGCUUGGCGCACGCGUUGGCGGCGUUUUGCGCGUUGUGCGCCUCAACCGCCGGGUCCUUGGCGUCCACCGAGGGAGCCCCGGCGGUGGAGGAGUGGCGCGCGGCGGGGGGAGAUGAAGGCGACAAAGAAAGGCGCGGCGUUUCGAUUUCGACGCAACCCCCCGCCGUUCAAGCCGCCGCCGACGCUCGAUUGCUGCUGCGACGGCUGGCGAAGCAGGCGCGGACGCUGCGAAUACCCCACCUGAUGGCGUACGGGGAGCUGGCUCGCGCGAGGCACGGGGCGUCGCGCCCGCCGUGCGGCCCGGCGCCGUGGUCGCGCGGUCUAGAAACUGAAGGGGGGUCGAAGAAGGAGUCCGGGAAGACGCGCGACUCGGAUUUAUCAACCGCCGAUUCGGCGCUGCUGUUCAGGAGAGUCGCCUCCUCGCCCCCGGCCGCCGCCGCCGCCGCGUCGCAGCUCGUCGAGGCGUUGCGGCACGCGGUGACGCUGGGCGCCGCGGCGCCGCAAGCUACGACGCAGGCGGCGGCGGCGGCGGCGGCGGCGAGCAGAUCGGGAGCCGACGGGCAGCGCGCCAAUCCGAACGAGCUGUAUCCGCCGCCGAAGGGUCUCGCGCUAAGUGCCGGGUAUCCGAGCGGGAGCGAGUCGGCGAUGGAGCAGCUCUCGGGGAGCGGCAGCGUGUUGUGCGGCGCCGUGUGGGACGCGCACGGGGUUCCGUCGAUGGCGAGGAUGCACGCGCUUCGACAUCUCCGAUGCGACGCGUCGAGGAGAUUUGUUCGACGGGACGACGAGACGGACGCCGACAACGAUCCCGGAGUAGUUCCCGGAGAGUUUCCGGAGAGUUUCGGCGGAUCGACCCGAUCGUCGCACGAAGCGGAGGCGGACGCGGCUUCCGCCGCCGCGAGCGACACCGCCGCCGCGCUGGCGCAGCUCGCGAGGCACGCGUCGACGCACCACGGCCCGGACGCCGCCGCCGACGUCUUCGCAAUCGCCGCCGCGAGAUUCCCAAAGCGCCGAAUGGAGGAGGUCGCCGCCGACCCCGCGCUCGCCGCCGCCGCCGCCGCGACUGACCACGACGCCGCGCGCGCGAGGGGCGACGGCGACGCGUGCGACGCCGCCGCGCGUCGCAUCGCGUCGCUCGCGCCUGCGUCGACGCGAACGGACCCGGAGGCGCGCGUGGAAGCCUUCAGGGCGCGCGCCGACGCCUGUUUAAUCUCCGGCGGGCUGGGCGAUGCCGUGUUUCACGCGUCCGAGGCUUUUCAAGGUUCGAUCCGCGAGGGUUUGACGCACGCGACGCUGCGCGCGACGCUGACGCUCGCGGAGGCGCACCUCGCCGCGGGCGCGCCCGCGGCGGCGCUGCAGCACGCGCUCGCGUUGGAACACUCGGCGGCGGCGCUCCGACUCGACGGUUUGAGGGCGGCGGCCAUCGUCGUGCUCGCGGAGUGUUGGCUGGCGAUGUCCGCGUCCGCCGCGGGGGUUGGAUCGACGUCGACGACUGUCGGGCAGAGGCGGAGGCGGGACGGGUACGCGUCCAUGGCGAAAGACGCUUUGGACGCGCACGCGCCCGCGUUGUUAUCGCGCGGCGGACUCGCGCUGAGGGCUCGCGCUCGAAUGGCGUCGGCGAAAGCCGCGCUCGCGUGUCGGUCGGACGAUUUCGAUUCUUCCAGAAUGUCUUCCAGAACGUCUUCUUAUCCGGAUGAUUCGACAAGCGGCGGGUGGGACGAGGUGCUCGUGCCCCUGGAGGACGCCGUCGCGUGUUGCGCGGCGCUCGGCGCGCACGCGAAAGAGGCUGAGGCGCACGAGCUCAUGGCGAGGACGUUUGCGGCUAUGGGUCCCAAUCACGUCGCGGCUCGCAACGCGGCGGCGAGGCGGUGGCGGGAGUGCGAACGGCGGCGGAGGCGGGCGGAGGUUGGGGAUGUGGGCGGGGUCGGGGGUUGGGGGGUUGGGGUUGGGGACGGGUCGGCGCGUUUCGGCGGGAUCGGGUCGUUCCCGGCGUCCCGGGCGGUGGCCGUGUGA